AUGCCUAUCCCGCAGCGUCACCGUCAAUCAUUCGAUAUCUCCGACCCCAUGUUCCCCUCAUUCUCAAACAGCCCCACACGUACACCCCUCCUCCGCGAGUCCAAAAGCCCUGCCAACCCUCCCCCGGAGCUCGCCGAAGAAGAAGUCUACUUCGGGGACACCGAGACCACCAAACCGCAGAAGAAGCGCGUCCGCAAAGCCCGCGGCCGGUCGACAGCCUCUCCGGAGAACGAAACUCCUUUCAUCAACCCCAAUGCUGUCGUCUUCAUGGCCAAUAUUCCAGGUGAGGUCAUAGGUCUCGAAGACGACGAGCCGGUGGAGGCUGAUAACCCGCCGACAAUGCCAUAUGGAAUGCCUACAGCGCAGCAGCUGGGAAUCAUGAGGGUUCUUGCUGCAUCCAACAGCUCACAGAACCAAGACCACAGCAACGGUGCUGGUACCGAUUCUACUAUGCCAAACUCCUCGCAGGGGAGUAACGCAUCGUAUUCAUCUUCUGGUAAUGUUCAGGCUUCGCCAAGUUUGCUGCACAGUGGUGGUGCUGGUCCUGGUCCGUCGUCGAUGAGCGCCAGUUACACCUCCGGUGCUGCUGCUGCUAUCUCUCAGCCUGCGGCACCGCCGAGAUACACUCCAGCUGAGGAUGCCCAAUCAACCUAUGAUGCUCCGCCGCCUUAUACUCGUGGCAGACGUCUUACUCGUGACUAG